AUCUUGAUGGGAGUGGUUUUUUGGACCACCACACCUCCGCCGCAAUGCACCAACGCCAACGCCAGCGCCAGCGCCAACGCCAACGCGGACACCACCACCCAUGCCAACACCUGGUGAAAGAGAGAACGGGGAAAACUCACAAUAGUUAAGUAUGGACGGAAAGCUAUUGUACCAAAGACGUCUUGUUGCAACAGUCUAGGUCAAGCGAAUGGGUUGCGGUGGUUGUGGAACGGUUGAGCAAGCAAAGAGGUUCAAGAGUUGAAAGCUGAGAGUUGACAGUUGAUGAGAGAGUUGAAAGUUGAGGGAUGGAGGGAGGGGAGAGGAGGGGAGGGGAGGGGAGAAAUGGCCAGAGCCUGUGAUAGAAGUCAGACCAAGUAGGCAGGCUCUAGAUAUGGCAGGCGCGGUUGCUGGAGUUGGCGUCUUGGUUGGUGUUGUCAGCCAGGCUGCAAGGGGCAACGAUGUUGUAAGCGAAGCAAGUGAGGAGGAAGGAGCUGAGGACCAGCAGUGGAGGAGACAAGCAGAGUGGGAGAAGGUACGAGGGAGAGCAGGAGAACAAGGGCGAGAGGAGGAGCAUCCCCAGAUGCCUUAUUAUAGUCGCGUGCGGAGGGAGAUUGAGGACGGCUUCGAGGGACACAUCGGACGGCUAGCUGAGAACCCCUUUUCUUCUCUCGGACACAUUGGAACUGUUUUCGCAUAGCUACUUGCUUCGUACACACUUACACAAGCCAGGCGGGCUACCUACAUAUCCCAGGACGACGCAGGUACCUCCGACUUUGACGGGUGAGUACUGACGGGUCAUACCGUGACCAGGUAGGUACGCGCGCAAGCAAGCCGGCAAAGUAAGUAGGUACGAGACGGAGGUACGAAACGAAACGGCACGAUGGCUGCAGAGCCCGGUCGGACCAGCCAGCGGGAGGAGCACACUGCGAGAUGUCUCUUACCUCCCGCCUCCUGCCUCCCGCCUCCCGCCUCCUUCCUCCUUCCUCGUGAUACCCGAUCGCGGCGAUGGGCGUGCGAGCGCAUGGAUCGAACAAGCCACAGGGAGGACAGGGCGAGCCGAAGGUUUCAACAACUUGUCCGGUUACCCAAAAAACAAAACCAGGAAAAGAAACCAUCACCCCGUCAUCCAGUCCCGAGG